AUGCAGUUUGACCUUUCCUUAUACCUGGUCACUGACUCGACCCCAGCCAUUCUCAAGGGUCGCGACUUAUGCACCGUGGUGGAAGAGGCCUUGAAAGGAGGUGUGACGCUGGUCCAGUACAGGGACAAAACCAGUGACACCGGGGAACUAGUACAAACUGCUAGAAAACUGCACCAUAUCACCCGGAAAUAUGGGGUUCCCUUGCUGAUCAAUGACCGCGUGGAUGUUGCUCUCGCCAUAGGGGCGGAAGGAGUCCAUCUUGGUCAGGAUGAUAUGGGUAUUGAGGAGGCGAAAAGGAUCCUCCCUAAAGAUGCCAUAGUUGGUAUCAGUGCUACUUCGAUAGAAGAGGCCCAGAAGGCAGUGGAUUCCGGUGCCGAUUAUCUCGGAAUAGGAGCUAUGUUUGCGACUCCAACCAAAACCAACACAAGAUCUAUUCUCGGGACCGCGGGCACUCGGGCCAUCCUUGAUGCCCUUUCGACCUCCGGUCGCUCGGUCAGAACCGUAUCCAUUGGUGGAAUCAACCUCUCUAACGUGCAGCGAGUCCUCUAUCAAUCUAAAUCUCAAAACAAAGGUCUGGACGGCGUCGCCAUUGUCAGCGCCAUUAUGGCCGCUGACGAUCCCAAGGCUGCUGCCGAGGCGUUCGUUCAGCACAUUGCUACUCCGCCUCGAUUUGUGCGUAGCCUAGUACCUCCUCCGAUUCGUGAUGUCCUUGCACUGGUUGAGGAUGUGCCGCGAAUCGUCCACAAGGUUGUGCAGGGAAAUCCGUUGGUGCACAAUAUGAUCAAUUUUGUUGUAGCCAAUUUCGUCGCCAACGUGGCUCUGUCAAUUGGUGCAUCGCCUAUCAUGUCUCCAUACGGAGACGAAGCAGUUGAUCUUGCCCAGUUCCACGGCGCUUUGCUCAUCAACAUGGGAACUCUGACCAACGAGAGCGUUCCCAACUACCUCAGAGCAAUUCAUGCAUACAACGCUCGCGGAAACCCUGUCGUAUAUGAUCCUGUCGGCGCCGCUGCCACACACAUUCGACGCCGGGUGGUCAAGCAGCUCAUGGCAGGCGGAUACUUUGAUCUCAUCAAAGGAAACGAAGGAGAGAUCAGACAGGUCUACGGAAGUAGCGGAGUGACUCAGCGUGGCAUUGACAGCGGGCCAAGCCGCCUCGAUGGUCAAGAGAAGGCCGAAUUGGCGAGAGACCUGGCCCGAAGAGAACGGAACAUCGUGCUCCUCACUGGCGCUACUGACUAUCUUAGCGAUGGGGAGCGAGUGUUUACCAUUGAGAAUGGCCAUGAGCUACUUGGACAAGUCACUGGUACUGGCUGCGCCGUCGGCACAGUAUCAGGAUGCUUCCUAACCGCCCACCCAUCCGACAAGCUCCUAGCCGUCCUGGCCGGCAUUCUCAUGUACGAGAUUGCUGCCGAAAAUGCCGGUUCGAAGGACUAUGUCCGAGGACCUGGAAGCUUCGUCCCUGCGUUCCUGGAUGAGCUCUACGCCAUCCGCCAAGCGGCUAUGAAGGGUGACCACAGCUGGAUCUCGGGACGAGCAAAGGUGCAGGAGAUUAAGUUGUAG